CAAAAAAAAAAAGGGUAUAUCGGAUGUGUACCUAUUAUGGAAAACACGUGGUUCUGCGGCUAGGUUUGUUGUAUGCUUGGAUGAUUUGAUAUUUUUUGAUUUUUCUUGGCCCGACUUCAAUAACAAGAGAUAUAAAAAUUAGAUUUAUUUCUUGUUCUUUUCUUUUUCUUUUUUUUUUCUUUCAAAAUAAUAAUAAUAAUAGUAUUUUUUUUUCUUUUCUUUCUUACUUCAACAUGACACGUUGGUUUCAUCCUAUUUCUUUUCAACUUGCAACAACAUCUUGGGCUCAUUCUCGUUUCAAAACCAAAAAGAAUUUCAAUACAAAAUAUCGUCAUGUCAAACAUUAUCGAUUAUUAUGUGAAAUAUCUCAUGGUUCAACUGGUAUUGUAUACUUGGCAUUGGAUACAAAAACAAAACAAUUAUAUGCAAUCAAAGAAAUAAAUGCGAUCCAAUUACAACGACAACAAGGUAUGGAUUGGUUACAAGCAAGACAUCCAAGGCAUCAACAAUACAAUGACGGUAGUAAACGACGACGUAUCGAUACGAUGAUCAAUAUACCUACUAUGGAAUCCGAUAUAUUGAAAUCAUUACAGCAUGAUAAUAUUGUGACAUGGAUCGACUGGUUUGAACAAGACGAUUAUGUGUAUUUGGUGACAGAAUGGGUGGAUGGAUCUAUAUUGGUUGAUUUACAUGAUCAUGAACAUCAAAGAUCCAUAGAUGAAACUACUUGUCAUUCUAUUUUCGUCCAAUUGAUAUCUGCUUUGGAAUAUUUGCAUGAACGACAUGUGAUCCAUUGUGACAUCAAACCCGAUAAUAUUUUAUUGACCAAGGACCAACAUGUUAAAUUGAUUGAUUUUGGAAGUGCCAUUCAACUAUCAACUGGUCAUGACGACAAGAUAUAUCAACGACGCCGCACACCUGCUUUCACAGCCCCUGAAUGUUUGAUGAUAAAAAAGAAAAAGGACGAUGCUUACAAUGAAACAGCUGCAGAUAUCUAUUCUCUAGGUCUUACUUUGUACUGUAUGGUGUAUGGAAAUCUACCUCCUCUGCAACCUAUUGAUGACUUGACCCGUCUGCCGCUUUGGACAACACCUGCAUCUGACACUACCCAUCCUCAACUUGUUGAUUUACUUGAUCAAAUGUUAAAAGUGUGUCCUUUUGAAAGAAUCACCUUGGACAAGAUUAAAUCUCACCCUUGGGUUUUGAAAAAUGAUACCACUUAAUUUUUUUUUUUUUUUUUUUUGGUUGCUUACUCUAUUUCGUGAUAGAUGAUUGAUGGAUGAUCUAUUGAUUUUUACAAUCGGCAUAUAGUAUAAUAGAUGUAGAUAUUUUAUUGUCAUCAUCCUCCCCACUUUUGAUUAGUCUUUGAUUCUUUUUCCUUAUACUCCCUGCCUGUCAUCCCUCCUGAUCAUGAACUCGGUUUUUACACUUGAUAUGGGUUGAUCAUUUCUCUUAUUACCUCCCCCCUUUUUUUAUGUCAUUCUAUGUACUUUAUGUAUUUUAUGCCUUUUAUGUAUAUAAGAAAUAAACUGUCAAAUUUAUAAAUCACUU